AAAAUUAAACAUUCAAAAGCAAAUUCAAUUGGUAUGUGUGGUUUCCUUUCAGGUGCUCAGUGCCGAGUCAGGACCGAGAAGGCAAAAGACCCUGAGGAGGAAGAAGAGGGAGUGGAUCCUUCCUCCUGCCAAGCUUAUGGAAAACACUGACUACCGACACAAGGAAUUCAUUGUCAAGAUUCGCUCUGAUAAAGACUUAGGUGAGCUGGUGGAUUAUUAUCUCACUGGAGAAGGAGCUGACAAGGAACCCCUCAAUCUCUUUGUAGUGGACCGAAAGACGGGGUUUGUACGCAUCACUGAAUUACUGGACCGGGAGAAACGUCAAUUCUACAAUCUAACAGGGAUCGCAAGGUUCAAAGACGGGAAGAAAGCAGAGGAUGAUGUCCCACUGACAGUCACAGUUCUGGACCAGAAUGACAACGCUCCUUAUUUUGAGCUGCAAAUGGGCAACAUCACAGAGGAAAGCAAACCAGGUAGAGUCACAUUUUUGAACACAUAUCAGCCUGCUGCU